CUUUUGGGUGCUGGGGAAGGGGUUUAGUUGUAGCUUUGGUGGGUGUGCCAGCCAGCUGCCCCAGGCAUCGCUUCCCACGGCGGCGGCGGGACAGCCACCUUCUCCCAGACCCAAAGAGACCUUGGCUGCUCUGCAGGGACAAAGCGACGGGGGGGAGGAAGGGGAAGAGGUGACUGCACGGGCCCCCUCCGAUCUGAUUCAGUCCUUCCGGAGCUAAAAAUCAGUUAGUUCUUAACUCUGAUCUCGCUGGCUUUAUGCAACUCCUCCUUUCCCUCAAGGCUUGCUUUUUCUUCUCUUACCUCCCCGGAGCUCCCAUCCCGUUUUCAGGUCGCUCUGCCUCAUGCUGUUCCCACCUCGUCGACAUUGCUGGCACCGAAGAGCCCUGCCAGUGCCACAGGCUCCAUCAUGCUGAUAAACUGCUUGAAAAGACACCAGAGAAGUCACAGCCUGAGUCUCUCUUGAGAUCCCUUCUGUCUGCAGUCGCAUGAGUUUUGUCGCAGCCAAAGAUUUGAACCUCUCGGAGGAAAUGUUUCAAAUCUGAUUUGAUUUUUUUUUGGGGGGGUGUGUGUGUGAUUUUUCUAUUCAAACUUAGGUCAUUAUCUAAAACACAGGUGGAAGAAUACCUAGAUGUGAUAGCAAAUCUGUGUACGUUCACUGACAUAUAGCAGGCUUGGGGGCUGACCUUGGAAAAACUUGCUGACCUUGCAAAAACUUACUUCUUCCCUUAAGCCUGAGGUUCUGGGGGAGAAGGAGCUGUAUCCUAGCUGAGCAGCACUUUUCUGAGCUCCCUUUAAAUGCUUCUGCAUCUCUCCCUAUAUAAGGGUUCACAGAAUUGCAUCUGGCCCCAGAGGCAGCGUAAACUGACAUUUCUAAUGCUGCUCAGGGACCUGUCAGAGCAGCUGGGCUGGCCUUGCCCUGCCCUCGAGGGAUGUGGUGAGUUUUGGCAUUUGAAUAUGUUCCUCCUGGUUGCUUUAGAAACGGGGAUCGUGCCCCUGGAGAGAGGCCCUCUCCUUGCCGGGGGUGCCUGACUUCCCUGCAGACCCAGCACACCGCUGCUGGAACAGAUGCUUUUGGACUUUGUCCAGCUGAGAGUAAAAUCUGAUCUCAACAUUAAUCAACCUACCAGAAAUUAAUUCUCUCUCCUUGGUGGUGGUGCUGUGAUUCUUGGGGAAUACACGUCACCGAGUGCCGGCGCCGUGUCCCUCUCCACCGCCCGUCAGAGUGUAUCAAAGCCUUUAACAGCAGCUGGAGCCACCAACGCAGCUCAGAAUCGUGUCCCGAGGAGAGAUGUCUGGGGGGGCACCACCAGUGACUGCCAAAUCAGACAUCACUUGGAUAGAGAAAGAGCUCGUGGACUCAGCAGACAAGGGCGAAGGUGUUGUGAAAGAAAUCAACAUCACGCACCAUGUGAAGGAAGGCUCCGAGAAGGCAGAUCCUUCACAGUUUGAGCUCCUGAAGGUGCUGGGACAGGGCUCCUUCGGCAAGGUUUUCUUGGUGAGAAAAAUAACACCGCCAGACAGCAACCACCUCUAUGCCAUGAAAGUGCUCAAGAAGGCAACCUUGAAAGUGCGUGAUCGAGUAAGGACAAAGAUAGAAAGGGACAUCCUGGCUGAUGUAAACCAUCCCUUUGUGGUGAAACUCCACUAUGCAUUCCAGACAGAGGGGAAGCUGUAUCUCAUCUUGGAUUUCCUCCGAGGAGGUGACCUUUUCACUCGGCUUUCCAAAGAGGUCAUGUUCACCGAGGAGGAUGUGAAGUUCUACCUGGCAGAGCUGGCGCUGGGGCUCGACCAUUUGCACAGCCUGGGAAUCAUAUACAGGGAUCUCAAACCGGAGAACAUCCUCUUGGAUGAAGAAGGGCACAUCAAACUCACAGAUUUUGGCUUGAGUAAGGAGGCUAUAGACCACGAGAAGAAAGCCUAUUCCUUCUGUGGGACGGUGGAAUAUAUGGCGCCAGAAGUUGUGAAUCGCCAGGGCCACUCGCACAGUGCUGACUGGUGGUCCUACGGGGUGUUAAUGUUUGAAAUGCUCACCGGCUCGCUGCCCUUCCAGGGGAAGGAUCGUAAGGAGACGAUGACCCUCAUCCUCAAAGCAAAGCUGGGCAUGCCGCAGUUCCUGAGCUCUGAAGCACAGAGCCUCCUGCGAGCCCUUUUCAAAAGGAAUCCAGCCAACAGAUUAGGUUCUGGACCAGAUGGGGCAGAAGAGAUCAAGCGCCAUCCUUUCUACUCCACCAUCGACUGGAAUAAGCUGUACCGCAGGGAAAUCAAACCGCCCUUCAAGCCUGCAGUCGGCCAGCCAGAUGACACCUUUUAUUUUGACACAGAAUUUACAUCCCGUACGCCAAAAGAUUCCCCAGGCAUCCCCCCUAGUGCAGGAGCCCAUCAGCUCUUCCGAGGCUUCAGUUUCGUGGCAACUGGGUUGAUGGAGGACGGCAAGGUGAAAGCUGCCCAGUCACCUCUACAUUCGGUUGUACAGCAGCUGCACGGCAAGAAUGUCCAGUUCAGUGACGGCUAUGUGGUGAAGGAGGCAAUUGGCGUCGGCUCCUACUCAGUGUGUAAACGCUGCAUUCAUAAAGCAACCAACAUGGAAUAUGCAGUCAAGGUUAUUGACAAGAGCAAGCGAGACCCUUCUGAGGAAAUAGAAAUCCUCCUGCGAUACGGGCAGCACCCAAACAUCAUCACCUUGAAAGAUGUGUAUGAUGAUGGGAAGUAUGUGUACCUGGUGACCGAGCUGAUGAGGGGAGGGGAGCUGCUGGAUAAAAUCCUCAGACAGAAAUUUUUCUCAGAGAGGGAAGCCAGUUCGGUCCUGCACACGAUCUGUAAAACAGUGGAGUAUCUGCAUUCCCAAGGGGUGGUUCACAGGGACUUGAAACCCAGCAAUAUCCUUUACGUGGACGAGUCGGGAAACCCCGAAAGCAUUCGCAUUUGCGACUUUGGCUUUGCCAAGCAGCUGAGGGCUGAGAAUGGCCUUCUCAUGACUCCUUGUUACACGGCAAACUUCGUGGCACCCGAGGUACUAAAACGCCAAGGCUAUGAUGAGGGUUGCGACAUCUGGAGCCUGGGAGUUCUCCUGUAUACGAUGCUCGCUGGCUGCACUCCCUUUGCAAACGGUCCCAGCGACACUCCAGAAGAGAUCCUGACCCGGAUAGGUGGCGGCAAGUUCUCCAUCAGUGGAGGCAACUGGGACACUAUUUCUGACAUGGCCAAGGAUCUGGUAUCAAAGAUGCUUCAUGUAGAUCCUCACCAGCGUCUAACAGCCAAGCAGGUCCUGCAGCACCCAUGGAUAACCCAGAAGGACAGCUUACCCCAGAGCCAGCUGAAUCACCAGGACGUUCAGCUUGUAAAGGGGGCGAUGGCUGCCACAUACUCUGCACUGCACAGCUCCAAGCCGAGCCCCCAGCUGAAGCCCAUUGAAUCCUCCAUUCUGGCGCAGAGGCGGGUGAAGAAGCUUCCUUCCACCACGCUGUGAGGCUGGGGUGGUUGGCAGCCGUGCGGCACGGGGCGAGCACACACCGGGCUUUGCAUGCCUGCAGAAGGCGAGGAGCGGGAGAGCGGGCGGGCAGCGCUGGCACAGGAGCUCCUUCGAGGACUUGUUCCCAAAAGGCCACGUGCCUCCCUGUUUCUGAAAGACUGUCUCCUCAUCGUGUGGACUGAUCUUUGCUGAGAGAACUUCACUGUAACACUUUUUUUGAAGUGUAAAUUGUCGAUUUUUAAAGACAUCCAUCUGUGUAUAUGAGAACUAGAAUGUAUAGCUGAUGUCAAGUGGCACUAAAAAGCAGCUCUGAUUCACCCUUUCCUGUGUAGGGCCAGACAUUUGUUGCAGCUACAUCAUUGCUUGGAAUCAAUCCUCUCCAACACCACUGCAGCUGGAAGACUGCAUCACGUUUGGGGUUUAGGCUUUGGGGUUUUUCCUCCCUUGAACCGCUGGAUGCCCUGCACAAAGGCAGCCCUGCAGACUCCUAGCCAGCAGUGCUCGUGUUUAUCAAGGACGUCCCAGCCCUUCCUUUCACUUCUUGUGCGGGUGUGUGCAGAGCGUCAGGGUGAUUCUUCAGACCCCGUUUCUUCCUCUCUCCUACACUCCCCAGCCCGGCCGGCAGUUUUCUGAACAAAAUAAACCACGGCUUUUCCAAACACUCCCUUAGGUGAUCAGCUGUCCAGCGUACCUGCUAGGCUUGGCUCAUUCCUCCCCUCUGCCCUCCCAUCGUCAUGUCCUCCCUGUCGCUCCCUGGGCAGUGUCACCUGUGCAGGUGGCGAUGGCAAAGGAAUGUUCUCCUUGGCAAAGCUGAGGCUUUAGGCUGGCUCUGGCUGCUGCUUUUACCAUUCUUGGUUUUCAUUUCCUUCAGCAGGAACCUAUGAAACAAACCAUCCCUUUUUUUUUUUUUAAUUAUUUAACUUUGUUCUACAGCUGGUAACUCAGGGUUUCUUUCUGGAUUGUACAAUAAACGUGUCAUUCAGUUGACGUUAUUUUACUGACUGACUUUGAGCUGCAGAAUAAGCAACCCCAGUCAUUUCCCGACAUCACAUGGGGAUAAUGAUUCUUGCCUGCCUUUUGGGAGAUCUGCAAAGCUUUUUCAUCUGGCCCUGCGAUGGGAAAACCAGCAGUAGUGGAGUAGGGCUGCAUAUUAUGCCACCUUCUCUCAGGUGCAAUACCUCACCUUGCAGUGGGAAGUAAUUAGAACCAGUUCUAGAAUAAGGCAGUAAUCAACAGGAAAGGUGGCAAGACGUGGGCUGCAGAGGGGAAUUUCUUACUCUCAGGACAUUUUAGUGCAAAUAGAAACCAACCCUUGGAGGCAAACUGCUAGAAAUAAAUUCCUGACCUAUUCUGACUUGCAGGGCAUUGCUGGAGCUCCCUCGUUCACUGGUGGCUGUUUCUUGGGAGGAGCAGGAGAGCUACAAGGACUGCAAAUGCUGACGUGCUCAAGGACGCAACUGAAGUCAGCAAAGGUUCUCAUGUGAAUUUCUGCUACCUUGGGCUGAUCGUAUAACGAGAAGGGAGACCUCCUUUUUUGCUUUUCCCUUUUCCUUAGUCCCAGUUGACUCUAAAAUGGAGAAUUCCAUAAAAAACUUUCUCUGAGAUGUACAGCUCUCUCUUCCUCUACCCUUAUCCAGGCAGGUCCUGUUUCAAUCCCUGGAGCAGCCGGUGAGAAGCUGAAAUAGUCACAUUUUUUUUCCCUUUAUUUAUUCCAAGUGCUGUCCUGGUGUCCAGUGCCGCUGAGAGGAGGUGGCCAGCACCAGUGCACACUGGGUCUUCUCACUGGUAUUGCCACCGACCCCCAGCAGAGCUGGAUUUAAUGUUUUGCUGAUAGCUGGGGAGGGGGACGCUCCACCACGCAAAAUACCUCCCUUAAAAAUUUUUGCUUUCUCUGGCACAGUGUUUGCGUUGGUGUCGAUGAACCUGACUUAUGUUUCCUACAACUGCGCAGUUAACUCUCCUGCCAGCGAAAAGGUUUGCAAGGUUUAGGUACCUGAAACAAAUACAGUAAUUUUAAACAGCUUCUUUCUGGAGCUGGAGUCCGUCCCUUUGGGUGCUGUUGGGAUUGAAGCAGACACCUCAACAAUUUUUUCAGAAUAUUUCCUAUGGUGCACUUCAAGGGUGAGGUCUGAAACCUCAAACAAGUGGAUUGGGUUGGACGUGCUGGCGGUGAUCACCACUCACUGUGAACCUCUCAACAGUACAGACUGUCAGGAUGGGUCUUAAACCAAACAUUUGCCCUGCUUGGAUGGUAGCUAGCUUGUUCGUAUGAAAUUGUAAAUGUUUUCCAAUAGCAGUCAGGAAAAACAAUCCUCCCUGUAACGGUGCUGGUGUGAGGCCAACUGGUGACCACUCCAAGACGCGUAGGACAAGCAGGUGCAAGGCGCUGUGGGCACAGGGCGAGCAGCCCACAGUUGCUACAGGCUCUGCUUGGCCAGGAGAUGAUAGCCAGAGCAUCAAACCCCAGUACCUGGGGUGUCAAACCCCUCCACCUUGCUGGGGUCUUCAGUCAGAGGAACUUUGUGUUUAGUGCAGCUGUAGGCUCUGGGACCUCCAUCACUUUGGAGAACAUGGUGAACAAGAAGGGCUACACCUUGCUUUCUGGGGUGCUUUUAACCAAGUUGUUUUGAGUGAUCCUUCCAAAAGUAAAAAUAAGUCUUGAUUUUUAGUUCCAAAUCAACAAAGUGCUGUUACUUUUUUAAUUCUAGUGCUCAAUAAACAUGGACUUGUUGAUCUUUC